AUGUCUAAUAUCACCCUCACCUUCUUAACAACAGGCACUGUUCGCAUCCGCCCCUCAAUGCGCUCCCAGCCUGCCAACAGCUACACCCUCAUCCGCCGCCUCCGCUCACUGACAGAUCGCAACUGGACGGAACCACUCCCCGUCGGUGUCUUCAUCAUCCACCAUCCUGAUGGUCCUAUUCUCUUCGAUACAGGCCAGUCGCCAUGCUGCAAUAAUUCAGGAUAUUUUCCCCGUGUGGCAAUUUUCAAUAGCGUUCUGAGUGAAUUCACCAUCCAACACGAAGAUGGAAUCGUCGAACAACUUGCCGAAGAGGGCAUUAAACCCAGCGAUCUACAAGCUAUCGUACUCAGCCAUCUGCACAAUGACCAUGCCGGGGGUCUAGAGGACCUUGCCAAAGCAGCACCAGAAGUGCCAAUCUACAUCAGCAAACCUCACUGGAAGGCAUUCGGUGAACACCCCUUCUUCGCCAGCAUCGAAGGCGCAACACCGGCGCAUUGGCCAGAAAACUUUUCACCUCGCAUAUACGAUUUUCACGAUCGCACCGUUGGUACUUGGAAGCAGUCGUAUCCUAUUACGGCUGAUGGGAAGAUUGUCGCGGUUGAUACAUCUGGCCAUGUUCCUGGGCAUGUGGCGUUGAUCGUAUACGGGAGCAGUGACGGGAAGGAGACUACGUAUCUACUACCUGGUGAUGCGACAUAUGGAUUGGAUCUAUUGGACAAGGAAGAGCCGGAUGGGAUUAAUGAUGAUCCUAUGCGUGCGUUGGAGAGUUUGAAGCUGAUGAAGGAGUUUGCUACGAUGGAAGAUGUGGUGGUGCUGCCGAGUCAUGACGUGAAUACACCACGUCUGCUAAAGGACAGUGUGGUUUAUCGCCCUUGA